UUACUUUAACAUAAUACUUAAUACUUAUCGUUUUUGUUGCUAUUCAUGUUUAACUUACACUCCUUGCGAAUUGAAUGAAUUGUUCGAAUCUAAAUCUACCUCAGUGAAUUUUGUAAGUUCCUAUAUUUCGCCGAAGACGUGUUUUACAGUUUACUAGUGUAGCGUUAUGCGCGCGCCGGCGAGUGUCGCGACGGGCGUACAGCGCUGGUCGCAGACGACGCCCGCGCCCCUCACCGACUAUGCGGCGAGGGCGAAGCCCCUUCACGCUAGCCCCGUCUUCCCCUACGACGAACAUAUUAACCAACGACUAGCGAUCUGGCAGGGUGACAUAUCAACGUUAGAGGUGGACGCGAUCACGAAUACAACAGACGAGACGCUCACGGAAUGUAACUCGGUCAGUGAGAGGAUAAUGCAGGUCGCGGGGCCGGACCUGAAAGAGGAGAUCAUCACUAGAGGCCUCGAGUGCAGGACGGGCGAGGUGGUGGUGACGAGCGGGUUCGCUCUCUCCUGCAGACACAUCAUACACACCGUCAGCCCCAAAUACGUGGACAAGUAUCACACAGCCGCCGAGAGCUCGCUGCAUAACUGUUACAAGAACGUGUUACAUCGCGCCCGUGAGCUGGGCGCUCGUUCUCUAGCAUUGUGUACCAUCGCCUCGCCUAGGAAGAACUUCCCGCCAGAUCUCUCCGCACACACCGCGCUCCGCACCGUCCGUCGCUAUCUCGAGCUGAACCAGUAUCCGCAGCUGGUCAUCAUAUGCUGCACGUCGGAGGCCGGCCCGCUGUUGGCGCUGGCGCCGCUCUACUUCCCCCGGGACGCUCGCGAGGCGGACGCCGCUCGCUGGAGACUGAAGGACGCCGGCGGUCCCGAGGGACAACCCUGCCACCACGACAGGCGGAUCAGGAUCAUACACAACCCGCACUCACACACUGAUAACGCCGAGGACGAGACCUCGCUGGACGAUGAGACCGCCGCGGAGGCUGCGGCGGCUUUCGCCCGCGCCUGCUCACCCGACACGCAACUGUUACUACCGGCUGCCCAGCCGCGACCGCCGCUCAGAUACGACACCGACCAAUACGAGCGUCUUCUCCGUCGUGCUCGAAGCGAAGACCUGAGCGAAGUGUCCGGUAUAGGAUGCUUGUAUCAGAGCGGCGUUGACAGACUCGGAAGACCGGUGGUCGUGUUCAUUGGCAAAUGGUUCCCCAUCACGGAGAUAGAUCUCGAUAAGGCUUUAUUAUAUCUCAUCAAGCUGCUAGACCCCAUCGUCCGUGGGGAUUACGUCAUAGCCUACUUCCACACACUGGCCUCGUCGAACAACCAUCCACCCUUCUCGUGGCUGAAGGAGGUUUACACCGUGCUGCCUUAUAAAUAUAAGAAGAAUUUGAAAGCCUUUUACAUAGUACAUCCUACGUUUUGGACAAAGAUGAUGACAUGGUGGUUCACAACAUUCAUGGCGCCCGCUAUCAAGGCGAAAGUCCACACGCUGCCUGGUGUUGAGUAUUUAUACUCUGUGAUGGCGAGAGACCAGCUCGAGGUGCCCGCCUUCGUCACAGAGUACGAUAUGACGAUAAACGGCCUGCACUACUUCCAGCCGGACACGAGCAACACGUAGACCGCACACACGCACGCCGCCACCUUUAGUUUAAGUCGUUGUAUUAUAAAAUAAAUAUAUUUUACGAUAUCCAUUAACGCUAUUUCAUAUUCGUUUGUGAUAGUGUGGAACGUGUCACGUGAUAUAUAUAUAACUGAUGCGUAUGACAAGCUUUAAAAUGUUGAAAUCUUCGGAAUAAGAAAUGCAAUAAACAAGCUCACCUUAUAGAUGUUAUCGCGUUAUUCAAAUAUUUAGAAGGGCCUACAACUCGACGUUGACAUUUAUGAAACUGUCAAUGUCAGUUAUGAAGCGAAAUUAUUGUUUGUCACAAUGGCGGCUUCCGAUGUACGAGGAGUGGCUUUAAAUACUUAACAUUAUUUUCUAUACAACUUAAAAAUCCAACAAAACAUAUCAAAUAUUGAUUUAGGACUCGAGAAUGCCUUAAAUAUUUGACCAACGAUCUGUUAUAUUUUUAGACGUAACAACAUGGUAGCAUGUUGAAUUCUAACCCGUGUAACGUAAAACAAUUAAGUUGUAUAGAAAGUCUAAGAAAUCGUUGAAUUUGAAAUGGUAUUAGCGGUGCAUUUUAUAUGUUGUAAGUUAUAAUAACUAUUACUGGAGUUUAUUGUUUAAUGUACGUAGCUUUAUAUUUUUAUAAAUAUAAGGCACAGAUAAAAUAAUAGGCAAUUCCAUAUUAAAUUACUAAGAUAAUGUUCGUUCCUUACUGUAUUCCUGGUUUACAAAAUUUCAAUUAUCUCGUUUAUUUUAACCAAUCAUAUGACUUUUUUUUAAUCUGUGCCGGCUCUGUCUUAAUACUUUCAUCAUAGUAUAUUGUUGACAGGGUAAAAAUUAUAUUGGAAAUGAGAUUUCAUUACCCAGAUUAUUAUUUAUUUUUAUACAGGAAUUAAAACAUUAUUAGAAUUUGCAAUACAAAGAUGCUCUUAUAAGAUAUAUUAAUGUUAUGAAAGUUCACAAUUUAUUCUAGUUUUAGGAAUUUUAAACAAAAUUUCGUGAUGUAUUCUAAUAAGGUGCUCGCGUUUGAGAUUUAUUUUUUUAUUUAAUCAGUCCAUAACUCGUAAUAUGGCUCAUGACGCCUCGCGUGUAGCGUGUAGGUUAUGAGGUGAGAGCUAAGUAGAUUAUUAAUUAGCAAUAAACUUAACAUUCAGUUGAACAUUUUCCGUAAAUUUUCUUAGCUUUUGUAUGUAACGACGAAUAUAAACACAGAGUGGCUGUUCUAGGUGCAAUUAUCACCACUGCCAAUUUAUGCGAUUCGCUACACAUUCACAAUAGUGAUAUUAUUGCAGGGUUACAUUAAUGUAGACUCUGUGGCGGUACAAAAUGUUGAAUUUAUUAUACAUUUAUUUUUCUACCGUUCACUUAUCGGACAAAUUAGAAGACUCGCAUUUCCUAUACAAAUAAUCUCAUUACAAUUUCACUCUAAAAUUUUUAUCUCACCUUAACGGCUGCUCGUUGAGCCAGAUCCAAUAACAAAUAAAUGAAAUUUGAUGUUUGUAAUAUAGAUUUUUUUAAUUUAAAAUAAAGUGAUAUUUUUGUAACAUCACAAUACCCCUGAAUGUGCCACAUAUUUUAGUAGUUAUGGUUACAUUAGUAGCGACAUGCUACUUACAGCGGUAGUGCUAAUGCUAUUUGUGUAAUGUUAUAUAAUAUUUAAGAGUUUUAACACAUUUUUGAAUAAGAAUUUUCCAUAAAUCCUUCUUGUAUCGUCAGUGUUUAGUAUUGUUUAUAGUGAUGUGACUUCGGUAAGCUUGGUCACAAAAAAUAUCAGCUGUUGAUAGUUCUAAGCUGGCUGUUCAUACAUUAAUUGGUUAACAAAACUAUUGUAUUCACUAGACUCUAGAGGAACUUUGUCUUGAUUAUUGUUACUUCACUAUGUUUUGCAAAGUCUAUUAUUGUUGAGAUUUGGCUGUAGAUGUAUGGGAGCAUGAAUUGUGAAUCAAAUGCUAUAGUUAUGGAUUUGUGAUGUAACUGGAUAUUGGUUAAUUUUCAUAUUUUAUAAAAAAAAAAAAUAAACAAAAAGGCUAUGUAAAUAUUUAACAAACACAAAAUAAAGUUAUUAAUUUACUAAA